AUGCCUUCCCAACCUAACAAUAUCGCCACAGACGUCGGAUCCGUCGCCAGGGCUACCGGACUACUCUGGUAUCACCGGCCUUGUAUUCUCCGGCGGCACAAUGGCACACAACUCGAGUAUCAACGCCACGGUCCGGUAUCCGUCAAUCAUGGAAACACUUUCGAUACGUCCGCAUUUGCCGCUACACAUUGCAAGAAGUUCUCACUUGCCAUAUCUCGCGAUGCCUCAUCCACCGGUAUUGGCAGAGUCCUGACAAUUGGCGGGAUUCCGUCGUUGACUGAUCCUGCCAUCAAUGUUUCGUCGACAUUCACGUCCGCACCGAUCGAAUUAUGGUCCAAAACGUCGACCACCCAGAAUUCAUGGUAUAACAUCACUCCAGACCGCUUCGAACUUGGUGGAUCAGUCGUAGCACCGACCACACCCUCCAUGAUCGAUUCUGGGUACAAUGGCCCGGAAAUCCCGCACGAAGUUGACACGCUAUUGAACAACAAUUGGUCACCCCCUGGGACAGCAUCUGGAUCUACGAUCUUCUUGAACUGCAAGGCUGUCUUGUCAGAGCCAUUCGGUGUUAUGAUUGGUGGUGCUACGUACUACAUUGACACGGCGGACCUGGUUAGGCGGAGGACCUAUGGUUCGUGCUACACUUUAAUUAUAGCUGGGUUUGCAGGAUGCGUAUUUUGUGGGUGAUCCGCUGUUGAGGAACACGCUAGCAGUGUUUGACUGGGCUGAGAUGGUAAUGGGCUUCU